AUGACCGAGUACGACGACUAUGGCAUCCCGGUUGGCGCCUACUCGGAGCCAGACAGCUUCACCAGCCAGACGUACCGCACAGCGCGGGCCUUCUUCGUGUACAGAGUUAAGCCAUUCGUGGAGAGGAGAGUAGCAAAGGGGCGAUGGAAGAGGCUGGUUAGCUUGGCGAACGCGCUGGUGGUUGUCUGGUGGGCGGUGGUGUAUUGGGGCGAGAGGGCCGCUUUCAACGGCGCAGUAGGGAGCUGCCAUUGGGACGCAUGGGAGAACUGGGAACAAGGAGCCAACCCUCACAGGCUUGUCUUUGUCGCCGAUCCGCAACUCGUCGAUCCGCAUACGUAUCCUGGCCGGCCAUGGCCUCUCAACCCUCUCACCAUCAAGUACACCGACCAGUACAUGCGCCGCGCCUACUCCCGCAUACAAACCGAGCUCUACCCCGACACCGUCUUCUUCCUUGGCGAUCUGUUCGAUGGCGGCCGUGAGUGGUCUACGCGCACGACCAAGUCGCCCGAGAAGCAAUACCAGCAGUAUGGGGACAGCUACUGGAUGAAUGAAUACCGCCGUUUUGGCGAAAUCUUCUUCGAGCACUGGGGAGACGGAGGGCUGCAGCCGCGCCCUGGGCAGCCAGGGAGGAAGUUCAUAAGCAGUUUGCCUGGAAACCACGAUCUGGGCUUUGCAAAAGGUGUACAGAUUGGAGUGCGAGACAGGUUUCACGCAUACUUUGGCGACGGCAACAGGAUUGAUGUGCUCGGAAACCACACCUUUGUCUCAAUAGACAGCGUUUCCCUCGCUGCGUUGGGAGUGCCAUCGUCUCAAGAACUGGAAGAGCUCUGGCGCCCCACAGUAGACUUCCUCGACGGAGCCAAGGAGCAGAAGAGAAGGACCGUACAGCGCGAACUCCGGGUUCAACAGGGCCUCAAGCCAUACCCCCGCUUUGCACACCGUGAGAUUGAAUCACAGGACCUCGCAAAAGCCACACUCCCACACGUCAACGAAGACGUGACCGAAUUUCCCACCAUCCUCCUCACCCACGUCCCUCUCUACCGCUCUCCAGGCACACCCUGCGGUCCCCUCCGUGAGCACUGGCCUCCCACACCACCGCCCAAAGGCCAGACGGAACCACUCGAGCACGACGAGCGCAACGCCAUAUCCGUCAGUGGCGGCUACCAGUAUCAGAACGUCAUGAACCGCGAGAUCACAACCGACAUUGCCAACAAGAUCGGUGACAUACGCUACGCCUUCUCCGGCGACGACCACGACUACUGCGAGCUCGUACAUCGGGGAUACGCAUCUGGCGGCGGCGGCAUCAAGGAGAUCACAGUGAAGAGCAUCAGCUGGGCCAUGGGCGUGCGACACCCAGGGUUCGUGCUGGUCAGCAUGUGGAACCCCGUCGACGCGCACGGCAAGCCUCUCAAAGGCGACAUGAGCAAGACGGUGCAGACGCAUCUAUGUCUCCUGCCCGACCAACUCGGCAUCUUCUCCCGCUACGCCGCGCUCUUCGCCCUCACUCUCCUCCUGCUGAGCGCCCGCGCCGCCCUCGUGGCAUUCAACCUCCUCCCCCCCACCCCACUGACCCCCAACGACCCCAUCCUCCCCACCACAAACCCAGCCGAGAAUCCCCCACAGCUCCAGUAUCGCUUCGAUCCCGCAACCUCCUCCCACUCCUCCACCUCCUCCACUUCCUCCACCUCCAACCCCAACACGGCGCCAACUACACUGCAAGUCCGCACCGCUCAGCCCCGGCCCCGUGUCGCCUCGUCCGCUCAUCGCUACGGCCUGCCCAUGCCGCUCCCGCACCAGCAGAACACAAACUACGGCUACCCGCUCGUCCACCACCCGGGCUUCCUCGGCCACGACGACAACGAUGAGGAUGAAGAUGAGGAUGGAGAUGGAGAUGGAGAUGAUGGUAAGAAAGAGAGGAAAAUGAGAGGGAAGAUGUGGGGUGGUGUCAGUACCAGCAAGAGUAGUAGGUCGAAGGGGAAGAAGAGGAAGGGGUUCGCGCUGUUUAGACACGAGUUGGGAGGUGGUUUGGGGAGGGUGUUGGUUUGUGGGCUGGCGUGGUAUUUUUGGUUGAUUUGGAGGGGGUGA